CUUGCACCUUGGGUUUCCGAUCACGAGUCAUACAAACAACCAAAGAAAUAUGAUUGGCCAAUGGAACACCCGAAUCCCCCCUAGCAAACCAAACAAACCAAACAACCCCCCGUCCGCCCACGGAAAGAUAUACCCAAAGCGACCGGUCAGGUGUCAUCAUCAGCAAACGCAAACAACCCUAACCAUCACAAUCCAAUCCAUGAACACCAUCAGCACCUCAAACCAAAUGUACGCCCACACCUCCCGACCUUCUUGAAUCCCUCUCCCGCCCCCCUUCCACCGAACAACCCCUCCGGGAAGGCAAGACCUGCCAUUCCAUGGCUUCGUCAUCACCGGACACAACGCUCCCAUUCCUCCAAUUCCCCCCGGAAGUCCGCCUAUCCAUCUACCAGUACCUCAUCCCGGACCUCCCGAUCCGCAAUUUCUCUCUGCUCCGCGAUCGCUCGAAGACAAUCCACCUCCGACACGAUGGCUCGCGCUGCUGUCCGGCGAUUCUGCGCGCAAACCACCAGAUCUACGCCGAGGUGAUCAAGGAAUGGUACGGAUCGACGUCCUACGAAGUGGUCCUGGAUACGAAAUACAUCUUGUUCUGUGGGAAGGUUAUUCCGCCGUAUGUGCCGUUGCCGUCGACAAUUCAGUGGGUUCAGUCUAUGCGACUGUGUUUGUCGAUUCAGGGGACGCCGCGGCAUAUACAUAGUCAGUCGACGUUGGAGCAUCUACUGGGGUUCCAGGAUCGGUUGACGACGCUGGCGGUUGCGUUGUCCGAUAAGGGCUAUCGGAAGCUGAGUCGGCUGCAGAUUGAUAUCGGGGUGAAUAUUCCACUUUUGUUGAGCUUGAGUAAGACGCCGAGUGAGUUGUUGGAGUUGUUGAAUUGGAAUCUGCUCCCGUUGAGGGAGAAUGUUCGGGAUGUGCCUGAUGUGCGGUGGGAGUUGCAGGAGCAGAGUUAUGGGAUUCAGAGUGAGGAGUUUCAGCGGUCGUAUGCGGGCAUGAAGUCUAUUAUGUGUGCUUUUUUGCAGGAUAUGCGGCUGGAUAUGUUGGAGAGGCCGGAUGGGUGAUGGUUGGUCAUUGUUUGCUGUCUUUCAGGCUUACUAGGUAUACUAGGUGGGGAUUGGUGGUGCUUCCAUCUUGUACUGGGUGAGCUUGUGCGAUUGGUCUGCCAUUGCGUUGGUGUGUGACUCUUUUGGUCACUGGGACUUAAGGAGAUGAAGUGGGAUUCUCUUAUACGUAUAUAUUUAUAUAUGCGCGCGACGUCAUGGCAAUGUCGCCCGAUUAGGAAGGAAAUGGGAGUGGAUUGCCAAGUGAUCGGUGGGUCAUCUCCACUCACUAGAGCUUUUCACAUCCAGGUCCGGUAUCGGUAGUUGAGCGCCCCAUCUUUUAUUGCUGAGCAGAGUCUUGGGUGGCUGGUAGCUGGUAGGUAUGACAACCUCAAAGGGUUUAUUGAGACAAUUGCUUAACCGUGCAGUUUUAGGAUCCAGAACGACAAAGGAUUUAAC